CUCAUCUCUAGCCACGACCUCGCUGUGCUGACCACAGUAGUGGACACAUGGAUCGCCUACAUCAUCGCCGUCCUGGCGCUGGUCAACACAGUGAUUGACAUCGUCGUCUUCUACCAGCUCGGCUACAAGGACACCACCAGCAUCACCAUGACGGGCAUAGCCCUCUGGGACCUGCUCAAACUGUCCUGUGUGUUGAUCAUCAAGUGUUAUGGCCCCAUGGGGCUGGUCAGUCCCGCACUCGGCAAAUCCUGGGAGAGCGUUACGUUUCCGUCCAUGACCUUCCUUCAGUUCAUUUCCAGCAACGUCGCUUACGUCAUUGCCGGAUACGUCGCCAUCGAAAGAUGCCUUUGCGUUAGCAUACCUUUCAAGGUCAAAACAAUUCUGACGCCAAAGUUCACGGUCAUUAUUCUCAUGGGGAUUUCAAUCACAGUCUUUGUGUCCCUUAUGCCAAUGAUGAUGAUCUUUGAGUUUGUGUGGAUCUUCAGUGAAGAGUACAACGCGACCAUCGCCAUAUACCAGUACUCGCCCUUCUACUUCCAACAUGGCGGGGAUUUCUUGAGGAGUUAUAAAACAUGCAAUUUUCUGUAUCCUUCCUUGAGCUUCGUUGCCAUGGUGACAUCAACCGUCAUCAUAGCGAGUAGCCUCUACAAGGCGUCGAGAUUCAGAAACAGGAGCGCUUCUAUCAUUCACGCACUUGGCAAAACUAAAAGUCAACCGGAAAUGACGACUAGAGACAAGAAGACUGUGAAGAUGCUCUUUGUGGUCAUCUUGAUCUACAUCUUCUGCCUGGCCCCACGCUUCGCCCAUUUCAUGGCCACGCUGCUGGUGAGCGAGUACUACUAUCUAAGGUACUACCACAACAUCUUCUGGGUCAUUGUGUACAUGGUCGUCUUUCUGGACAUCGUCAAUGCCGCCAGUCAUUUCUUCGUGUUCUUUGUAAUGGGGACCAGCUUCAGGAAGACAUUCAAGCAGACUUUCUUCAGAGCAGAC